AAAUCCCACUCAGAUUCAAAUCUCACACUUUUAUCAUUAGCGAUUUCAGCACGUUCUUAUGUUAUAGGCAUGGUUAAAGCUAAAUUGACUGAGCUGAGAUAAUGUUAUCACAAUAAGAUUAACGAACUUAACCAAACUUAACUGAUUUUUAAAAUAAAGUUAAAGACCCCCAAACCUGUGCGUUUAACAAUGUUAAACAUAAAAAAUCACAAUGCUAGUACUGGUAACCAUUGGUUAUAGUUCCCAAAAACUAUACUGUUUCGGAUCUAAAGCGAAAACUGUACAGAAUAAAUUAUACAAACCGCAUUCACUUGUUUCCUAUUUUCGGUUUUCAACAGAUGCGCGACGCCAUUAUUGAUGGUGAACGCUGUCGCUAUGCACCCAGGAAACCUCGCGAGAUCUUGUUAGGCUGCCUACUUCUCUGGUAGAUUCUGAAGUGGUCCGUAUUAUUUCAUGCAGUGAUUAUUUUAAUGUAAGUAUAUUUUUGGAGUCAUAGAAUAUUUUAUGAGUAUUGCAUUUCGCUUACAGUUAUACUAUUUCAUAUUGUUGAUUUAUUGUUAAAGUGACAGCCUUGACUCAAAUACGUGGGAGGAAGAACACUUGCGCGAACAGCCUGUUGAAUGUUUAUUAUGGGAACCAAAAACAUGGCUACCUGCGUGCUGCUAUUGUCCAGUGUUUAGCCUCGGUAUACCGACACUACUGCGGCAGUCUUUGAUCUGCCCCCGUCUGGUGCGCCUGACCCGCUGGCAGAGCUAGGGCGUAGACAACAUGGCGUCCGGUGGAUCCGGUGACCCCUCGCCCAGAGUCCUGGCGUUCCUGAAUAGACUAGUGGACCCCGCGGCCGCCCAACAGCAAGAGAAGACUGACAGCGAUAAGGAGAACGAGGCGGGGCUUAUGACCAUCGCGGAGGAGGAGCCUGCCACCGACUCGGACGAUAGGCCACGCCCCUUGUCCGUAAAACGCAACGGUGACUCCGCCCCCGGGGAGGGAGGGGCGGGGUUUAAUUCUGGAAACUCCGCCUCUUCUGACCUGAAUAAUAAGAAAAACGAGGAGGAUAAGAUGUGGGAUGAUUUCUACAACGACGAGGAGUUUACCGCCAAGAAAGACAUACCCUCUCCUUCGGAUAUCGAGGUUCCGUCUUGGGCGAAGUAUAGUGUUUCGGACGAUCGCACGCGUGAUAACGAAGAAGGAGGAGGAGGAGGCGAGGUAGAUGAGGAAGAGGACGAGGAUGAGGAGGAGGAGGACAACUCGAAAUCUCAAGGCGCCGGAGACGAAAUGGCCGGCUCGGAAGACGCAAGCGCCAGUCCGCGAAGCCGCGCCACGAAGCGGAAGCGGAAGCGCUUGUUCCGGAAGACGGCACGCCCACCGCCCCCUUCCGGUUCGUCCCCGCCCACGGUGACGGGAGGGUCACAUCCUGACCUUGGCAGGCCGGAGCGGGAGAGGCACACGGGUCACCAGAUGGAGACGAUGAGCGAGUCCAGUGGGAGAGGAGGGAGGAGACUGAGCAGGAGGAAGCAGGUGGCCAGGCCCAGAGUUGCUGGCCCGGAACCAGACGGGGAUCGUCUGCAGCAGAAAUAUCAGGAACUACGGCACCUGAUGGUCAAACCUCUGGUCACUCCCGCGGCCGCCCAAGUACAGCAGACCAGACAGCAGCUGCGGCGGCUGCACGGGCCAGGGAAACACGGAGAAUGGGUACGCCACCAUCAGAACGGUGCAGCUGACCAACAAAGUGGGCGGAGUGACCACAACCACCAACAGAGCCGGCGGAAUGACCACCACCACCACCACCAACAGACCGUCCACAGCCCACGCCCACACACGCAGCAACAGCAAUAACAGCAACAGCAACAGACGACCACAGUCGGGUACUCGGCGACCAGCGUCUGCCACGACCGCCGCGCGGAGGGAGGAAGAACCCUCUACGUCUGACGCUGGACGCAGACUGACCAGAGCUGCUGCUGACCGAAACUCGGACCGGUUGGGGAAAAAUGGUGGUGGGAAAGUUGUCCGGAGUGACAGCGAUCGAAGCACGAGCGAUAGUUUCCGAAAUAGCGUGCGGAGCGAGGAUUACAGCAAGAACGAGGCCAGUUCUGACGGGGAGGAGAGGCUCCGGUCAGGAAGUAGGUCCCCGGGCCGGGCGGUCCAGCCAUCCGACACGCACCUCAAGAACAGCAGCAACCCCGCCCUCAGGAAGUGGCUCAAGCAGAAGGACAAAGAGCACCGGAGGCAAAAAGCAGAGGAGAGGAAGAAAAAGAGGGAGGAGCGCACGCAGAAACAGAUGCAGGAAAACAAGAAGCAAGAGCACCUGGAGAAGGCGGAGCAGAGAGUGAAAGAGUGGAUGAGCAAGAAGAGGAGGGAGGCGUACAGACAGGCGAAGGAGGACAGGAGGAGGAGGAGGGCGGAGGCGGAGGAGGAAGAGAAGCGGAGACAGAUGCAGCCGGAUUAUUCCAACAUCUUCCGGGCGCGCAGCGCGGAGAGGCCAAAGACAGACGAUGGGGAGCAGACGGGCGGUGCGUUGAGUGGUGGGGAGGGUAGCGUGGCUCCGGCCGAGCCGCCAAAGUCCAAGUUUGUGUACAAGCGCCCUGUGUCUGGGAGAGUGCGACUGAUGAAGCUUCAGCAAGAGAGGAAAGAGGAUGCGAGGAGGAGCGAGAAAGAGAAGAGGGAGACGGAGAAGAAGAUGGAGGAGGAGAAGGCAAAGAAGAUGAGGAUGUCUUAUGACCAGUGGCUUCUCCGGAAGCGGGAGGAGAACUACGCCAAGCGCCAGGAGAGCGCGCGCCAGAAGGCCAUGGCGAGAUCCGACCCGGAGUUGGAGAGAAUCGUCCCGGAAGUGGCCCGCCGGAGAAUUGACAACAUCAAGAACGGGCGGAAGAGGGUCGACACGGGAAUACGCAAAAUCAAUGACGAGGUCAACAAGUCUUUUGGAGGCGCGGACUACGGCGCGGAUAAGUCGGACAAUGAGGAAACUCAGACGACCAAUUUUCUCGAGGUGUCGGGCGCGCAGAAAUCGCUGAGACAGCGACCCAGCAGCGCAAAACACGCUCAGAACAACGGCUUGAUGAACCCGAUGAUAUCCAAGUCACCACGCAGGCCAAAGUCGGCCAACCCACGCGUGCAGGCUCUCAAGGAAGCGGACGGCGAUGGGAAAAAGUCAGAGAAAAACGCUUUCCGAUUGCCGUUCCCACCGGAGAAAGGCGUCCCGAGACAUGUAGACAGCAGGCAGAAAAAGCUCUUCUCGGCCAUACUCACAGAGGAUUCGGGUUCCACGGCGAACGACGAGAGCGUGGAGAUAGGUCAGGAGACCGACGUGUCUCAGGAUACAAGCAUGGCGGUUGAGGCCAGUGAUGUCACAGCCGCCAAGUCGCGGGAAUCAGAGGACGAUAACGAGGUGCGAGAUGAGCAGAAGGCGGAGAGAGACGGAAAUCUGGGGGAGACUGGUGGUGAGAACCUGCAGGGAGAGUCUGGUGACAAUACUGCAGAUGAUGGUGAUGCUGCUGAUGAUGGUGAUGACAAUGGUGAUGAUGGCAAUGAAAAAGCGGCCAAAGAUGAUCAGAAUGAAGCUUUCUUUGUCACAGAGGGAAACCUCGAGGGUGCCGGAGGAGGGAAUGACGGUGAGGGAGACAAUAAAGAAACAUCUGAAGACGUGAGUGCCGAAGAGCAAGUAGCGACCAGUGAGGAGACAGAGACGUCUGGUGAGGCAGAAACAGCACAACAGCUGGGGGAGGGUGCUGAAGCCACAGACGAAGGGAAGGAGGAAGGAGAUAACGGCGGCAUCUCCCAAGAUCUAGGUGUAGGGGAAGAAGAAGUUCUUGAAAACAAGGGAGAUAAUAUACCAAGCUCUGUGGAAGGAGAAGAGCAAAUAGAGACGCCUUCACAACACAACGAUGACGAAACAGCGGAGGACCGAGAAGAGAAAGCUGAAGGGGCCACAAGUGUGGAAGCCUCACAAGACGAUAGAACAAAUUUGUCUUUGAAUCUUGACCAGGAGGAGGAGGAGGAGGUAGAGGAAGGAGAGAUCCAGUUUGAGGAGGAAAAUGAAGGAGGAGAACAGAAAGAAGGAAUGGAUGAUGAGGCUUUCUUUGACGGAAAAAGAUCCGAGUCCCGAGGUCCGUCCAAGCAUGUGUCUUUCCAAGAGGAGACGGAAAUCUACGAGCCGGUGGACCUCUCAUUUGACAAAGGCGACGAAGAUGAAGAUGAAGAUGAGGCAGAAGAUGAAAGAGGAGACCACUUUGACACCCCGCGAGAUGAUGACGAGUUUUAGACAGAAUCCACGACCUCUUUACUUCUGCUCAGUUAAAUUGGCUCCAAGAUAAAAUUAUAGCGAGCAGUCUGCUGUCGUAGAUUAGACAAUGGAAGUAUUGGAAAUGAUAGACUUGGCUCUUUUUUGAUUGAGUGGAUGUUUUAGGGCACUAUUGACUCCAUUUUGGUCAUGCAAGUGCCGAAAUGUGAAGUGGCUUUGUAAGGAUGAAGUGGACACAUACUCUAUCUGAUCUGCAGCUGACCAAAUGCAAUCAUGUUAUGGCACAUUUUGAACCAUUAUACACACAUCAGAAAUGGACGUUUGCUUAUUUCAUAGUACGAAUAUGAAUACUGUUGUCUGCCUUUUCAAGUUUCAGUUAAAACAGAACGGAAGAAGCUGUGUAUGAACAACGAGGGAUGAGGCUAUGCUUCCUUUUUUUGAGACCACCCCAAAACAGCGCGUCUUCAGUCUUUAUUGGGUGACCAGAAUGUUCGUUUCAGUGACGUAACCUAAAACAAAUAUUAAGGACCAAUUCAUGACCCUAAUAUGAUGUGUGAUGGAUAAAUAUAUUGUCGGCAUUGACUCUUUGCUACUUCAGAAUGACAAAGUUCUAUCUACUCAGUACCUAGUUUUGAGAAAUUUGACGUCGAAGUUUCUUAGUUUCAC